AUGUCGUCGCUCAACGACCAGCUCAACUCGUUUCGGGCCAAGGUGCGCAACGCGCCUGUUCUGGGGAAGCGGAUCAUUCCGCAGGUACCACAGACCGAGACGAGCGGCGGGACAGGGCCGGACGGGGGCGACGCAGCCAAGCGCCGCAAAACCGCCGUCGUGUACUCGCAGCCGGCGUCCGCAGGCACCGGGCUGCACCGCUCGACCCAGCUUGUGCAUGCCAUUGAGUACCUGCGCAAGCACGAGCAGCCGAUUCUAUUUGCUGAUUUGGAAAACUACCUGUCGUCGCCCGUGCAGCCGCUGAUUCCCAUGCUGCAGCAACACCGCAAUGUGCGGGUGAACCUCAAGGACCAGACGGCGACGUAUGUGUCCAAAUUCGAUAUUUAUUCUGCCAAUGACCUGCUGCGUUUCCUCAAGACCCAGAAGUCGUACCAGGGGACCAGCGUCAAGGAUCUCAAGGACGGGUGGAGCCAGGCGAUUCCGACGAUAAAUCGGCUGGAGCAAGAAAAUAAGUUAUUGGUUUUGCGGAACAAAAAGGACAACACGCCGCGCCUGAUCUGGCCGAACGAGGCCGGCCCGCUUUCCACAAUUGACCAGGUCUUUGUUGAUCUGUGGCGUACUGCCAAGGUGCCCUCCAGCUCAGACCUGCCGGGCACCCUGGAGCGGGUGGGGCUGAAACCGUCGUCGGUGGAUCCCAGCAGCAUCAAGCAGAUCAAAAGGGCGCCCGAGAAGAAAACAAAGAAAAACCACAGAGGGAAAAUCACAAAUACCCAUCUUCGGGGCGUGCUCAAGGACUACUCAACCUGA